AUGAUAAUUUGGAGUCGACCUUGAAGGUCAUUCUGGCUGAAGAGCAGUUUUUAAAAACAUAAGAGCGCAAUUAAAUGCCUUCUGAACAAUGGGGUGGGGGAUAUAUGGGGAGGAUUAUUUAUCAAACAUACUUCAAGUCGUUUUUAGAUGUCUGGUUAAUUAUUUAAGAAAGGCAAAAAAGUGUGUGUGUGUGUGGGGGGGGGCAAAUUUUGUGUUAUUUAUAUUACACAUACAAAUCUUUUGCAUCAGCCCUCUUGCUUUCUGCUCAAUAAACUGAAUUUAACAUGCCAUGACAGAAGCUUAACCUCCGACUUUUCUGAUGUCCCAGAAUGUAGCAUGAGCCCGCCCACAACUGAACACGUGGUUGAAGUGAGGAAGUAGUUUCUAAACAGAGCUUGACCUUAAAAACGCAAGAAAAAUAUGCUGGCAAUAUAUGUACUGUAGUAUUGUCACUGUACUUUAUUUAAUGUAUGAGAAGUAAAUGUAGCUGCUGUUCUAAUGGAUCCUAAUCUGUUUUAUUGGAAAAGCCAAGGACAGACUUUCAUCAGUCGACUACAGAUCUGGGUUAAUCUUCUUGAUCCAACCUCUCUGCUUUCCUCUGAUGCUGAAAUACAGAGUGCCCACGCUCUUCUUGAAAGUGGAGAGAAUCAACAUGAAAAGGAUGGACAGGCAUUGACCCUUUCACUUUCAUCCGUCCACGCUGAUUCUGGUGCUGCUCUUCCACUAGUUUUCCGACCUCCAGCACUGUUGCCAAUAUCAGCACCUCUGGUUGUUGCCAGCUUUUUGCCACAUAGCAAUGUCAAACCCGCUCUGUUUUGGCAGUUUUUGCUGCAGAGUUACAGUGCUGGGUUCAACUAUGCAAACAGAAAUUCUUCAUCAGAGCAGGGUAAGAAGAUGUCUUUAAAGCAGCUUCUGUUGAUCGCUGGAACGGUUUCCUAUGCAACAUGUGCAGGGGCCCUUCCUCAAAUUUUCAUUAACCGACUUGGUGUGAGAAGCGCGCCAAUCCAGACUUUCUUUAGGUCGAUAGUACCAAUCCCACUCUCAGCUGCACUGGCCUUCUUCAAUGUGUUUACCGUCAGAAGUGAAGAGUCAGAAACCGGGAUCCAAGUGUUUGACUCCAGUGGAAAUCCUCUCGGCUUCUCUAAAGCAGCAGGAGAGAAGGCUGUGAGGGAAACUGCUUUGUCAAGAGCGGCACUGUUUGGUACCACUGCUGCUGUUCCUAAUCUCAUGGUUUUGCUGCUACAGAGAACAAGACCUUUCCAGAGGAACUCCCUGCUGGUCGCUCCUCUCCGUCACAUAAGUGUUGCGUUUGUUUUAGGCUUGAUGAUCCCGGUCUCAUUCAGUCUCUUUCCACAACUGGGAACGAUAAGGAAGGAAAACGUUGAGCAGGAGCUGCGGGCAGCGGCGGACAACGGACAAUUAUACUACCACAGAGGACUCUGAGGAGAUGUUUUAUUUAGGAGAUUACUGGAUUAAAUGUCUUCUUUUACAUGAUGCAGAUGAAAAUGUACCAUGCAUGUAACAGACUCAAAGAUGAAACGCAGCUUUAAAACAAGCAAGAAGCUACUUUUUACUUUUAUUUAUUUAGUAGGAAUAUUCGGUGUGCCUAUGGAUAGGAAGCAUUACAUCAAUUCAUGAAAAUACAUUUAGUUUUCAAACUUACAUGAGCUUUUCUAUUUAUUGCACUCUGAAAUACUGAGCCACAAAACCAUACUUCUGGCAGUGUGGUUGAAAAUGUACUCUGAACUGUCAAACAACAGCGCUAAAUAUAUAUCGAUUAAAAAAACACACAUAAUGCAAUAUAAAUCAAGCUCUUUUGCUACCUAUCGUCUUUUAUAAAACAUUUUGAAAAAGCCUCAUAAUACAACACAAUUUGCUUGUAUUUCAGUUGUUUGCAACACUAAAGUCAUUAGUAAAAUACAAAAUGUGACAUUGUUUAUAAAAAAUGUAAAUAAACCCACAUUGUGCAAUGUC